CUUUUCCUUUCUUCGUGCGUAUUUUGUGUCGUGUGCGGUGCGCUGCGAAAGUGAAUGGAAAAGGUUUGACUUAAGUUGGUAAAAUCGUAGAAGUAAAUUGAUUUAAAGUGCGCAAAAGGUCUCGGAAAUACCUAUCUGAGCGUUUUUAUCCGUGUGAAUCCCGUUGUUGUUCGGAUUGUGUGAUUUUGGGGUUGAACGAGCGUCGAAAUGGAAGCAACCAAUAACGGAGAACGGCAUCCGGCCGAACUGAAGAAACAGAUGCGUGAGGACAAGCAGCGGGAGGCCAAGAUCCAAGAACAGUUGAACAAACAGUUGAAUGGCUUAUCGUUGGAGGAAAAAUUCAAUCUGGUCUACAAGCGAUUGGUUGAGGCGGAAAAGGAGAACAAACGUCUGGUGCAGCUGCACAAGCAAUACGAGCGCAGCAUGGAAGCCACCAAGAAGGAACGCGAGAACAUGAUUCUGGAGCACAGCAAAACGGCCAACACCAAAAGCAAGCUGGAGCAAUUGUGCCGAGAGCUGCAGAAACAAAACCGCAUGAUUAAGGACGAAAGCAUGGCCCGAAUCAAGGAGGAGGAGGAGAAGCGCAAGGAGACGCAAGCCAAGUUUCAGAAGUCGUUGAACGAAAUCCAGGCCGUGAUGGACGAAAAUAACCAGAAGAAUCAACAGCUGAAGGACGAUAAUAUGGAGAUGGCGAAAAAGUUUAAAUUUAUCUUGGAGCAGUAUGAGCUGAGAGAUCAGCAGAUGGAUAAGAUGAACAAGCAGAUGGAUCUUGUGACACAACUCAAUGAGGCAAAACUCGCCAAAGCGAACAUGGAAGCUGCUGCCGAAAGGGAGAAAUUCCUAGCUGAGAAGGAAAUCAUCAUCACGGAAUUGACCAAGGUCAAAAAGCAACUGACGGACUUGCAGAUGGUGGAAUUGCAUCUGCGCGAGCAGGUCAAUAUGUACUCGGACAAGUAUGGCGAGUUCCAGGAUUCGCUCAAGAAGAGUCACAACAUUUUUGUCGGCUACAAGGGCGACAUGGAAAAGAUGUCCAAGAAAAUCAAAACCCUGGAGAAAGAAACCAUCACCUGGAAGACCAAAUGGGAAAGAAGCCAGGCUGGCCUGAUAGAUCUGAUGUCAGAGAAACAGGUCCGCGACGAGCACAUCAUGAAAACCGCUCGUCAACUGUUCCAACUGCAGAAACUCUGCCGAACGCUGCAAAACGAACGCACAGCCUAUUUCAAGGCCUUGGAAGAGAACAAAGUGGAAAUCCCACAAAUCGUCGAAGUGCCCUGCCAAAUGCCUGAACCAGAACCACUCCCUGUUCCCUCCAAAAAGCAAGAAGACCGUCUUGAAAUCAUGACUAAGAGCUGUUCGGCUCUGAAGGAAAACCUCGCCGCCUUGCAGGGUCAACUGAGUGCAAUUCAGAAUUCGGAGGCCAAAAAGGACGAACCGGCUGCGGUAACUCCGGCUACCACCAAUGGCCAAUCACAGCCACAGGGAAAGAAAGGCAAGAAGGAUAAGAAGGGCAAGGGGGCAAAGACUGCGGAACCUGAACCAGAAGCCAAAUCAAAGGCUAAUGGUACUGAAGACAACAAAUCGAAUAAUGCAGAAACAGUUUCCGCUGAAGAGGUUUCGAAACCACCAGCUGCGGAAGAGCAAACCAAAUUUGCCGUUGAGGAAACUCCAACAGAAGAGCCGAAAUCUGAACCAGCACAGGAAGAGAAACCAGCCGUCGUCGAAUCAACUGAAUCAACGGAAGAACAGCCUCAACCCCAGGAAGAAACGAAACAGGUGGAACCUGUCACCGUAGUCGCCACGUAGAAAUCGAAUCGCUGGUUUCGAACAAUACGAAUUGCAUUUGCAAUUCCACACAACUAUUGCAUUGGUUAGGUCUCGCGUUGCUAAAUUUGUACCAUAUCCAUGAACGAGAGACAUCAUACAAAACAAACGAACUGCGCUCUCCAUGUAGCUUUUACGACGAUAACAAUCAAAGACCUGCGAACCUGACGUCCGGGUUUGCGCAUAUUUAUUUAUUAAUCUUGUCCCGUACGUAAUCAAUAAAGAUAGGUAGUUUUGAAUUGAA